AUGAAGAAGACCCUGGACAAGUUAUGGCCGGCGCUCGCGGAGAGCAGACUCGCCGUCGCGCUGUUCGCCGGCCUCUUCGUCGCGGCGGUGAUCUUUCUCUCCGUGCCGACGCAGUUCACAGUCCGUGGCACAAACGGUGAAGAAAUUGCACCGGCGACGGCGAUGGCAACCUCUGUUGCGCAAGUGCAUCCUCCUCUGGAGCCGAUCUGCGACCUCUCCGACCGGCGCUACGACGGGUGCGAGAUGUGGGGCGACGCGCGCACGGCGAGUGGCGCCAACAAUUCGGUGGUCUACUUCAUCCCGCCGCCGCCGCAGCUGGCCACCGCGGCGGCGGCCACCUGGAGCAUCCGCUCCCAGUCCCGCAAGAUCGUCGACGUCCGCGAGGUGACCGUCCGGUCCCUGGACGCGUCCAGCCUCCACGAGGCGCCCCGCUGCACGGUCCGCCGGGGCGUGCAGGCCGUGGUGUUCGCGCUCGGCAGCCUGACGUCCCACUACUGGCACGCCUUCAGCGACGUGCUGGUGCCGCUCUUCACGACGGCGCGUUUCUUGAUGAAUAUUUUUCGUAGACAGGCAGUAGCAGAUGAUGGUGCACUCACACAUGAUCGUGGUUGGGGUUGGAAAUUGGGAUGGGAGCUGACCAAUUGUGUGAACCAGUCUGUCCCGGUCUCGGUUCCGGUCCGGGGCUUCUUUGGGUCUGUUGGCAACUGGGAAGCAGUACGUACUCCGUACUUGUUGCAGUCGGUGGGUGAUCCAUGA